AAAGGAUUGGUGCUCGGUCUAUACGAAGCAGAAGAUGAAAACAACGUUUCAUUGACUCCGGCAGCGGCUAAAUAUGAUGAACUAGUUAAAGGAAAACUGCAAAAACAUAUUUUGUUGAGAGACUAGACUGAGAGACGAUAUUGUACGCAUGAUAUGAAGCAAAACUCGCUGCACAGAAGGAGUUACCAGACACAUAUUUUGUUAUAUAAAAAAUUUUAACAGUAUAUUAUUUGUAAAGCAAUUAUUUCUAUAGAUCGGUUAUUAAUCAAGUAAAAUCAUCUAUUGGAAGAGCUCAUACAAAACUUUGAAAAGUAUGAGAUUUAAAAAAGCAGAUUAAAAUUGCCAGAUGUAUCUGAAAAUAAUUAAAUGUAUUCUAAGAAAUAUUAUUCAAUUGAGGAAAAAGAUGUCAGCUAUCAAUGAUAGUAAUUUGGGAAAUGAUAUUCCUGGAAGCAGCGGAGGUAUAGGUGAAUGUAGUGGUAGAAUGAGUAAACAGAAUCACUCAGCAAAUGUUCUUCAUAGAAUUAGUGGUACACUUGAAGAUAAAAAUAAUGAUUAUCUAUGUCCUAUUUGUUUUGAAGUAAUCGAUGAAGCUCAUAUCACACGUUGUGGUCAUACAUUUUGUUAUCGUUGUAUAAUAAAGUCUUUGGAAGCCAAUGGCCGUUGUCCAAAGUGUAGCUAUACGUUAUCUCAACAAGAUAUUUUUCCAAACUUUCUAUUACAUGAAUUGAUAUCAAAAUAUAAAACUAGAAUUAAGGGUCUUGCUGAAUUAGGAUCUUCUUAUGCAGCUGAUGGUAGACACAGAGUAGUAAGUACAGAUUUAUCUAUACCACCACAUGAUGGUUUAAGAGAUAUUAUAGCUGCAGAAAGUGCUAAUCUAACAUUACCAGAUGUAAAUGUAAUGCUAGAAGUACUAACACAAAGAAAACAUUUACUGGAAGCAGAAACAUGUACAGCACAAAAUAAAUUACUACAUGAAUUUUUGAAGCAUCUAUUGCAGCAAAAAGAAGAACAAAAGAAUCAGUUACAAAAAGAGAUAGCAUUGAUUAAGAAGGAUAUGGAAGAAGUUGAGAAUAUUCUAAGAGAUGUUCAAAAUAAAUGUCCUAAAGUAGAAGAUUUGAAAAAAUCCAGUGAAAAUGAUACUGCACAGGUAUCAGCUAUAAGAAAAGAAAUGAUUGGUCUUAUAGAUAUAAUUGAUUCAAACAUGGUAAAACCAAAUGAAAAAGCAAGUGUUGUUGGAAGCGAAACAUUUAUUAAUCCUACAGGAAGUAAAAAACAAAAUGAUUAUGCAGUAGGAUCUACUUUAGCUGUACGUAGAAAGAGGAUGCAUGCUCAUUUUGAUGAUUUUGUUCAAUGCUAUUUCGAUUCUCGUGCUAAGGAACUACUUCUUGGGCAUAAAUCUCACAGUCAAAGUGAUUCAUGGCAAGGUACUAGUUCAGGACUUGAUGUUUUUAGAGAAAACCUUGUUAAAUUCUCCAGAUAUAAAGCAUUACGUCCAUUAGCGACUUUGAAUUAUUCGUCGGAUAUUUUUAAUAAUUCCACUAUUGUUUCAAGUAUUGAAUUCGACAAAGAUAAUGAAUUUUUUGCUAUAGCUGGAGUUACAAAACGUAUAAAAGUAUUUGAUUAUAGUGCUGUAAUAAGAGACACUGUAGAUAUACAUUACCCCUGUGUUGAAAUGGUAUCUAGCUCCAAAAUAUCAUGUGUUUCAUGGAAUUCCUUUCAUAAAGGAAUGCUAGCAUCAUCUGAUUAUGAAGGAAUUGUAACAGUAUGGGAUGCUGCAACUUGUCAGAGAACCAAAACAUUUCAAGAACAUGAAAAGAGAUGUUGGUCUGUUGAUUUUAAUGAUGUAGAUACUAAACUUAUAGCAUCAGGGUCAGAUGAUGCUAGAGUGAAGUUAUGGUCUUUGAACAAUGAUCAUUCCGUGGCUUCUUUAGAAGCAAAAGCUAAUGUGUGUUGUGUAAAAUUUAACCCACGUAGUUCAUGUCACUUGGCAUUUGGAUCUGCAGACCAUUGUGUCCAUUAUUAUGAUUUACGUAAUAUGAAGGAAGCACUCUGUAUUUUUAAAGGCCACCGUAAAGCUGUUUCAUAUGUUAAAUUCAUUAACAAAGAAGAAAUAGUAUCUGCAAGCACGGAUUCGCAAUUAAAAAUGUGGAAUAUCAAUAAUCCACAUUGUCUACGUUCAUUCGUCGGACAUGUAAACGAGAAGAAUUUUAUAGGUCUUACUACCGACGGUGAUUAUGUAGCAUGUGGGUCAGAAAAUAAUGCACUUUAUGUGUACUACAAAGGACUUUCCAAACAAUUGUUCUCAUAUAAAUUUGAUGCUGUUCGAAGUAUAUUAGAAAUACAAGAAAGAAGAGAAGAAGAUCUGAAUGAAUUUGUGUCUGCAGUUUGCUGGAAACAAAUGUCCAAUGUUGUGGUAGCUGCAAAUUCUCAAGGGACUAUUAAAAUAUUAGAAUUAAUUUAAAAUUAGUUAUGAGUUCUAUAAUCUUUAGCAGAUAUAUAUAUAUAUAUUUUGAAAUUUAUUCGAUUAAGUGCUCAGACACAAAUAACAACGAGAAGUGGAAAUUUAUUCUAAAUGUUAUAGUAAUUUGUUGUAAGCAAAAUUGAGAAAACUUCUACAUGUAGAAAUUGUUAGAGACUGAUUUAUUUGAGAAAGUAAUACUCUGAAUAUCAAGCAGCACAAAUACUUUUCUCUCAUAUUUUUAUUAAACAUAUGGGUACUGUUACUUGUAUUACACUUAUUUAAUUGUUUUGCAGUUUAGAUAUAUUUUAACAAUAGACUGAAUUUUAAUAAUAAAUAGUUCAUAUAAAUAUAUUAAUGACGUACGCGUGCAUCUAAUAAUUUUUAUUAUAGAAAAUGGCCUUCUAAAACAUAAUUUAGUUAUAUUUUAUAUAUCCUUAAAUUAAUGUAUUUGCACAGUAAUUAUUAGCACAAUUUUAGUGUAAUAAAACAUUUUUAUUAGGUGAAUUUCAUUACCAUUAUAUUAUUAUUAACCGUAUUUUUCACUUUUUGUUUUUGGCCAUAAUUAAUCUUAUAUAGUAAUAAUAUUUGUUUAUAAUUAAAUCUUAUAAGUUAUCUAAUAUUUAAUAUAGAUUUUUUUAGUUUAAUAAGUAUGAUUUAUAAAUGUUAAAUAAAAUAUAAAAUUUCAUUAUUCUAAACACUUUACGAUGUGGAAAAUAUUUUUGUGACUUGUAAUGAUAUGUAAAAAGGAAAAAUAUUUUAAAUUGCUUAUAAUAAUCGUCAUAUAAGAAUGUAAUUUUGAUCACAUGCAGUGUUUCUUAUAAUAAAUCUUGCCAAAGUAGCCUAAUAGAUUAUUAAAUUCAGAACAGUAGAAAUGUAUAAGUUGAUAUCACAAACAAUGUUGAUACUAUCUGUUAAAUUCAAUUUAAUGUGUGCCAAGAACAUCACAUCAGUAAGGAAGUAGUAAAUGUGCUUGAAUUGCAUUAAGUUCCUACUAUCAGUGUUACAAUCACUGUUCUUAUAUAUUAGUAUCAGAGCUAAGGAAAGACAGAAUUUAUGAUGAAAAGUAGUAGAUCAUUAAUAUUUUUUAAUUAUAAAAGCAUGUUCAUUAUUUUAGAAAUAAAUAAAUUAUACAUAGUUGCAAUUAAUGAUAACUUCCGCGAAAAAUAAUACCAAUUAUUUAAUGUAAUAAUUCUAUUGAAGAAAGAAGAAAAAUUUAUUUUCUAUUAAAUGUUAUUUUACUUAGCUCUGAAUAGUAUGUUUAAGUAAAUCUAUAACAUGGCUCAUAUUUCUAAAUAUCAAUGUAUCAAUUUUUAAUAGGUUCUUUACAAUUUACAUAAUAAUAUUUAAGCAAACAAUGUUACAAAUAUGAAACCCCAUGGAAAAUCUACAUAUUUAAAUCUGUAUAUAUACAUAAAUGAAGAAUCAAAUUUUGGUAAUAAGAACAUAGUACUACACUGUACUGCAUUAUAUUCGAAGAUAAUUCUUUACUGUUAUAAAUUCUUAUUAAUAUCAAAAUACAUUGGAAAUGAUUGUCAUGCCUACUAUUAAUGUAUUAUGAGUGCAAAUCAAUUGUCUCCACUAUAGAUCAGAGAAUAUAGUUGUGAGUUAAUACAUAGUUAUAAUAUCGUGAAAAAUAAUUGUAAUUUUAAUCUAAUUAAUAAUUAGAACGACUAUUAGAGACAUUAGAAUAAUUUUAAAGGACUAUGUUCUAGGAUAUAUAUAUAUAUAUAUACACAUGUAUACAUAUGUGUGUUCAUAUAUAUAUAUAUAUAUAUAUAUAUAUAUAUAUAUGUAUGUAAAGAAUAGUAUAUUUUCAGAUUGUAUUUUAAAAUUGCAGAUGCUCUAGCAUGUGCUAAUAGAUGUCCAAGAUGCCUAGAAUUAUUGUAAGAAAUAAAUUCAUGAACUUGUGUCUCAGUA